AUGGCCCGUGCGACGCGUUUCUUGCGGAUGCGGGCAAAGCCGGCAGCGCAGAAGCUGCAGUCUAUCCUCGCGAUCGGGCUGCGACAGGAGUACCCGCCUGUGUGGACUGUCCCCCUCCCACCACCGCUCCCUCGGAACGAGGGCAAGCCGACGCUCGUGCUCGACAUUGACGAGACGCUGCUGCACACGUACGGCAUGCAGGCGGCGUCGGCCGACACGGUCGGCUUCGCGCUGUUCCUGCGGCCCCACCUGCGCGAGUUCCUGCUGGAGGUGAUGGAGCUGUACGAAAUUGUCUUCUGGACCGCCGGGACGGCGUCGUAUUGCUCGGCAAUGCUGGACGCGCUGGAGGUGCAGGUGCUGCAGCUGCCGUCUUCCUUCUACAACGUGGAGGAGAUGCGCCGCGACGCGCGUGGGGCGCCAUCAUCGGCGCACGUAAACUUCUUCGCUCUCUCCCGCACACAAACGCUGGAGGAGCAUAACUACAUGAAGUACCUCCCCAUGCUUGGUCGCCCAAUGCACCGCGUCGUGAUGGUCGACGACAAUGUGCGCAGCUUCCCGCUCCACCCACGCAACGGUAUUAAAGUUGCCCCGUUCCUCCCAAACGACAGCGUACUGCAGGAAUACAGUCAGGCGGUGUCGCUCCUGCAGCAACAAGGCGAGGAAGGCGAUCACUAUAAUCUUAAUCCUAAUGCGCAGCGACGGGAGGAGGGGGGAAAGGAGGUGGACAGCGCCCUGCACGACGCGGUACGUCGCGGCAAGGAGGA